GUUUUAAUGUUCCUGCAGACGUGCUGCCUGCGGAUUGGACCCUCCGAGUGACUCCAGAGGCCUACGCUGCCUGCCUUCCAGUCGGGAGCACCUGCCUGCGCCUCCGGGCAGCCCCGUUUUCUCUCCCGGGUUUUGCAAGGGAGCAGAGAACAGCCACGGGCCUUCCUGCACCUGAGACUGCUGUGAUUUUAUUACAUGUUGGAGGCCGGAAUGCCUGGGAAAAGGGCCCUACAUGCGCCAGCCGUCCCAGCUGCCAAAAGGGAACGAAAGGCAAUCACCCUCGACAUAAAAUUGGAAGUGUUAAGACGAUUCGAAGUGGGUGAAAAGCUCAGCCAAAUCGCAAAGGCCUUGGGCCUUGCUGUUUCUACAGUGGCUACGAUCCGAGAUAAUAAAGAAAAAAUCAAAGCGAAUUCACAAAUAGCUACUCCCCUGAGAGCCUCUCGGUUGACUCGACAUCGAAGCGCAGUCAUGGAGACCAUGGAGCGAUUGCUGCACGUGUGGCUUGAAGACCAGAGCCAGCGAAACGUGCCCCUGAGUGUCACAAUUAUUCAGGAGAAGGCAAAGAGUUUGUUUGAUGACUUACAGCGUGAAAGAGGUGAAAGCUCUCAAACAGAAAAGUUUAGUGCAAGUAAAGGGUGGUUUGUGAGAUUCAAGGAGCGCCACUGUUUGCCCCACUUCAAGAUAAACAGCACGCCUCCUGGAAACAAGGACAUAUAUCUAGAAGUGCUGAGAAGCAUCAUUGAAGAAGGUGAGUAUACCCCUCAGCAAGUUUUUAAUGUAGAUGAGACGGGGCUUUAUUGGAAGAGAAUGCCUGAAGGAAUGUUUAUUUCUGUGGAAGAGAAAGCUGAGCCAGGCUUUAAAUCAUCCAAAGAUCGCUUGAUGCUGCUUCUUGGUGGCAAUGCAGCUGGGGACUUUAAGUUGAAGCCCUUGCUGGUGUACCACCUGGAAACCCCCAAGGCUCUGAAAGGCUACUCCAAGCCCAAUUUGCCUGUAAUUUGGCGCUCAAACAAAAAGGCCUGGGCAACCAGGAGCAUCUUUCAGGAAUGGUUCACAUACUUUUUUUGCCCUGCUGUUGAGAAAUACUGUGCCCAGAAUAAUCUCACCAACAAAGCAUUGCUCAUCCUAGACAAUGCCCCAUGCCACCCAGUAGAUUUGAGUGAUCUGUCUGAUAAUGUAAGAGUGGAAUAUCUUCAUGACAGUACAGCUGACUCGAUCCAGCCAAUGGGUCAAGGCAUAGCCUCCACCUUCAAAGCUCAUUACGUGAGAAGAACUUUUGAGCACAUUCUAGAAGCGACAGAUGGAGAGGAUACAGCCAUGAUCAGGGAGUUUUGGAGAAACUACAGCAUCAUGGAUGCCGUAGACAACAUUGCAGUAGCUUGGGAGCAGCUGAGACCAGCAACAAUGAACAGUGUGUGGAAGAAGAUUUGGCCCGAGUGUGUUCAGUUCCAGAGUGUUUCCCAAACAGAUAACAUUUCACAGCUUAAACAAAACAUUGUGACCCUUGCCAAGAAUGUGGCUUUCGAAGAGGUUGUAGAAGCCGAUGUGGACCAGUUGCUGAGGUCCCAUGAGGAAGACCUUUCAAAUGAGGAGCUGCUGCAGCUAGAACAGGAGCCUGCAGGAGAAGAGGAGAGUGAAGAUGCCCCACCUGCCCUGCGUCAACUAACCACAGGAAAACUCUCAGCAGCCUUCUCACAUUUCGAGGCAGGCUUACAGGUCCUUACAAGUAACAGCACUAACGAUGAGUGGAAACUGAAAGUUUCAAGAGCAAUCAGUGAUGCGAUAAACUGCUACAGGGAAUUGUACAAUGAGAAAAAGCGGCGCUCAAAGCAACUAUCUUAA